AUGAAGCCAUCUUCGUCAAAGGCACCACCAGUCGCUCCAACCACGGUGAAGGACAAGAAGAAAGCCACUUUCCCGACGACGUGUACGAAUUGCUUGAACAUCCCGUCGGAUAAGAAGGAUCUGCAGAAAUGUGCUAGGUGUAAAGCAGUCUGGUAUUGCUCUCGAGAAUGCCAAAAACAAGAUUGGCCCGUCCACAAGGUUGAGUGCUGCGAUACGCCGUCCCAAUUCGGCUUCAUCUUCAAGAUGAUCCUCAACAUCAACAAGGACGACCUCCUCAUGCACAAGCUCCGACUCGCCGCCGCCCACCAACUCCGCCCCUUCCUUACCUCCCCCACACGCCCCGACCCCGCCACCUACGUCCUCAACGUCUCCUUGGUCCUCUGCCUACGUCCAUGCGCUGAAGAAGACUUCACCGCUCUGCGGACGCGGAGGGACUCGAUCGCACCACUUCUCGCGAAGGAGAUGUACGGCGGCCUGCGGUUCAUCGACGUGGUCGACACCUCCGACCUAGAGAAGUACCCCAUGGCACCCGUUGCACACGAACGAUUCCUCGAUCGAUGGCGGAAGCACCGCGAGUUCCUGGAUAGGCAGGGGAAGAGGGACACGUACGCGGUCCUGCUUCAGUUCAACUACAACUCGAAGUCGGUGUAUCUGACGGAUAUGGACCUCCACUCGAACGAUUGCCAGGAGGCGCGGAUGAUGGUAUACCAGAGCGCGUUGGACGGGACGAGGCAGUGGAGGAGACCUGGAAACUCGAUAUUGCGGCUCAUAAAUGCCGAUUUCGCGAGACAGGAGCAAGAGGUGACGAAGCUGCGAUGCGUCAUGGGCGACGAAGAUAAGCAGACCAUCAGGGACUGUGCGUUGUAUGCAGCGGAGUAA